AUGCUAUUAUUAUUAUUAUUAUUAUUAUUAUUAUUAUUAUUAUUAUUAUUAUUAUUAUUAUUAUUUUUACUAUUACUAUUAUUAUUAUUAUUAUUAUUAUUAUUAUUAUUAUUAUUAUUAUUAUUAUUAUUAUUAUUAUUAUUAUUAUUAUUACUACUAUUAUUAUUACUAUUAUUAUUACUAUUAUUAUUAUUAUUAUUACUAUUAUUAUUAUUAUUAUUAUUAUUAUUAUUAUUAGUAUUAGUAUUAUUAUUGUUAUUAUUAUUAUUGUUAUUAUUAUACCCGCUAUUAUUUUCCACUUGUGUUAGAACUAAAUAA